UGGGUGGCUCAGUCGUUAAGCAUCUGCCUUCGGCUCAGGUCAUGGUCCCAGGGUCCUGGGAUCGAGCUCCCUGCUCAGCGGGAAGCCUGCUUCUCCCUCUCUUACUCCCCCUGCUUGUGUUCCCUCUCUUGCUAUGUUUCUCUCUGUCAAAUAAAUAAAAUCUUAAAAAAAAAAAAAAAAAAAAAAGAACGGUAAAGACAGGUUUGAAACUGAACAGAGGGGACUUGCCUGAUGGGAUCACAAAACGUAUCAAAAUAAAAUCAUUAAACAGUACAUCAUGGAGGCAAGGAACAGAUGGAACAGAUAAAGAGAUUAAUAAAACUUAACAAAUGUCAGAAAUAGACCUGUGUAUAUAUGGGAAUUUGGUUCAUGAUAAAGGUGAAAUAUCAAAAUUGGGGAUUGAUUUUUUUUAAAAAUGGUAUUGGGACAAUUGGCUGCAUUCAUCAUAAAUUCCUACUGUAGUGCAUUUUCAAAAAUAAGUCUUAUAUAGAUUAAAGACAGAAACAAAAUCGAGACUCUGAAAGUAUUAAAAGUAAUUACAGGGGCGCCUGGGUGGCUCGGUCGUUAGGCGUCUGCCUUCAGCUCGGGUCGUGAUCCCAGAGUUCUAGGAUCGAGCCCCGCGUCGGGCUCCCUGCUCAGCGGGAAGCCUGCUUCUCCCUCUCCCACUCCCCCUGCUUGUGUUCCUUCUCUCACUCUGUCUCUCUCUGUCAAAUAAGUAAAUAAAAUCUUCACAAAAAAAGUAAUUACAGGAUAUAUUUAUGACCUUGGGGGUAUGGCAGGUCUCUUAACACACCAAAAGCCAAAGUCAGCACCGAACAGAGUGAUAAACAGGUGUGAAUAAACACUAUGAAUUCUCUGUGACAUAAAUAAAUAAAUAGUUAAAAUACAAAGUACAAGCUAGGAGGGAAUACUUAGAAUAUACAUAACUAAGAAUUAAAAUCGGAAUCCAUAAAGUACUCCACAAAUUAAGACUAAUAAAAAAGGGCACACAACCCCAUUUAAAAAAAUGGGCAAAGGAUAUGAGCAAGCCAUCCACAGAAGACAAACUACAUAAGACCAAUAAACUCACAAAAAGAUGUUCUCUCUCCUUAGUAACCAGAGGGCCGCAAGUUAGAACAGUGUGAUACUGUUCUUUCGGGAAAUGACUAAUUCUAACUCAUCAACCAGGUCUCUGCUCAGAUGUCCCUUCCUCCAGGAAGCCCCUCCCUACCCUGGGGCUGGGUUGGGCGGCCCCUCCUCUCCCCUCCCCUCCCCUCUCCCCGGCGGCCCUCCCCUCCCCUCUCCCCCCCAGCCUUGCUCACUCCGCGGGUCGUCACUGUUUGGGAACCCGAGUGUGUCUCUCCCACUGGACUGGGAACUCCAGAAGGACAGGAGGGAGCUAUGGUUGUCAGUGGUCACUGCUGAGUCGCUCGCACUGCCCGGCACACGGCCGGGAACAGAGGAGGCGCUCGGGGGGUACGGGUGGAAUGAGAGUGAAUGAAUGUGGAAACCGAGGCCAGGUCAAUGGCAGAGCUGGGAUGUGAACCCAAGUCUGGACUGAGAGGAGGAACCUUAAUUUGAUCUCCCGUCAUUUUCCCUCCCACUGAAUCCUGUCCGGAGGCCGAGCACAAGGAGGUGCCUCAUAAGGGCAUCGAAAUUGAACUUCUCGCCAACCAGAGACGUUCAGGCGGCUAGGUCGACGGCUCUGUCCAACCCAGACCUCUGCAGUCCUCCAGGACCAUAGAGAGCUGCGCGGGGACCGCCCCUCUCGAAGCUCUACCCCUCUGGGGAACGGUGAGGGCGGGAUCGAGGGCUAGAGAGGCCGGAAGUAGGGCGAGCCCGGGGACGCGCUGGCCGCGUCGGCGGUGGGACGCCUCGGUCCCUCUCCGGUUUUUUACUCGCGGCUCGGGGGCAAGGAGGCCCCAGAAGAACCUUGGGAUGGACGAAGAGGGAGUGCGGCAGCCCUCCGGGCCACCCACGAGGAAGAAAUUCUUCAUACCGCUGGGCGAAGAUGAGGCCCCUCCUGCAGGGGUCAAGCCCUUAUUCAAAUCCACCCGGAGCCUGCCCACCGUGGAGGCCUCACCUCAGGCAGCCCCUCAGACGUAUGCGGAGUAUGCCAUCUCGGGACCUCCAGGAGGGGUUGGAGCUCCACACCACAGGGGGCCAGAGCCCCUGGCAGGAGAGACCCCCAAUCAGGCCCCCAAACCGGGGGCGAAGUCCAGCAGCAUCAUUGUGAGCCCCCGCCAGAGAGGCAACCCCGUGCUGAAGUUUGUGCGUAACGUGCCCUGGGAGUUUGGUGACGUGCUUCCCGACUACGUUUUGGGCCAGAGCACCUGUGCCCUGUUCCUCAGCCUCCGCUACCACAACCUCCACCCAGACUACAUCCACGAGCGGCUGCAGAGCCUGGGGAAGAGCUUCGCCCUGCGGGUCCUGCUCAUCCAGGUGGAUGUGAAAGAUCCUCAGCAGGCCCUCAAGGAGCUGGCCAAGAUGUGCAUCCUGGCUGACUGCACCCUGGUCCUUGCCUGGAGCCCUGAGGAGGCCGGGCGGUACCUGGAGACCUACAAGGCCUAUGAGCAGAAGCCGGCGGACCUCCUGAUGGAGAAGCUGGAGCAGGACUUCGUCUCCCGGGUGACUGAAUGCCUGACCACAGUGAAGUCAGUCAGUAAAACAGACAGCCAGACCCUUCUGACUACUUUUGGGUCUCUGGAACAGCUUGUGGCCGCAUCGCGGGAAGAUCUGGCUUUGUGCCCGGGCCUGGGACCCCAGAAGGUAAGAGCUGUGGAAAUGGGCUUGAGGGGCCAGGGACAGGAGGAAGCACCAAAUAAAUGGGACCUCAGAUCCCAAAGCUCUAACAAGGUUUUGGAAGGCCCACAGUGCUUCUCCUACAGCUGAGGAAGACCGAGGCCCAGGGAAGGUGGGGAACAGCCCAAACUCACACAGCAAGUCUGGGACAGAUUCAAGAUCCGGCUUUCUCUCCUGGCCCCCAGAGCCCUGUUUGGUUGAGAGGGAAAGAAGCAAAGCCUACUGCGGAUAUAGCAAACAGAUGGCUCAUUUAAUGACCCGCCCCUCCUUUCUUUCUUGCUCUCACCCAGGCCCGGAGGCUGUUUGAUGUCCUACACGAGCCCUUCUUGAAAGUGCCCCGAUGACCGCAGCUGGGAAGAAGGCCCUCGGUGUAAUAAUAAAGCCCGUUUUCUGGCUCA